UUUGUAUGUCUUUCGUUGCCUCUUUCUCCUGCUUUUCUCGCCGAUUUCAAUUUUCAAAUUAUGAGUAACAUUGAGAGAAAACUCGCUGAAUAUAGAGCUAAGAAAAGGACAAAAAGUACCCCAGCAAGUGGUUUUUGGAAAUCCUUGUUUACAAAAUCAGAUAAUAAAAUUGCUGAUCAGGAUGCCAAAGAGAAUCUGUUGGGUGAAUCUUCAACUAAUGAAAAGUUUGUUGAUACUGUUGACAGCACAUUUGAUGAUGGUGAAAUAGAUACCCUGAGCCUAAAUAGUGAUAUAGAUGAUUCCUCCAUAGACUGUUGUACAUACACAGACAUAAUUUACUACUCUUUAUGCUUCCUACUGUGGGCAAUUGUAUGGGCAAUAUUCAUCAAACUCCAGUUUGGUACAGUUUAUUUCAUAGUAUCUGGACUAGUUGGCAUAUACCUGAAUACCAGAACCAGACCCAAAGAAAGGGGAGAGGUCAGUGCUUACUCAGUUUUCAACAAGGAUUGCAAAAGUAUUGAUGGAACUCUGAAAGCAGAACAGUUUGAAAGGGAAAUACGUUAUGGAGCUGGUAGCAUGCAUUGA